GCUCAAAGCGUUCCCCAGCGCUAGACAAAACAAAACCGCAUAUCCACUCGUUGAUCGAUCGUUGAAUGCAGCACGGCACAUCAUUUCUCGGUACAAUCAGAAAGAAGGGUCUGUACGCGCGCGCCCGAACCGCCAAGUGUAGCAAAUCAUCUCUCCCCCCCCCCUCAUGCAUCACGAUGCUAUUGCUACCUAGUUCACACGUCGAAUAUGCUGCCAACCAACACGAGACAAAGACGGAGCACACGAAAGACGACAGUUUUCCCUCGUUGCAGCCGUCCUCUGGUUCAUCGCCAUCCAACCCAAAGUACUUCCUCCGAAGCAACAAACUGGUAUAAGAACCACAGCGCGACCAGGCAGCAGAGAUCACGGAGCUGAAUCGCAGAGUCUCAUCCAUAGUUGGGUUUCGCUAGACAUCUUGGGGAGAUGGCGGAGAAUGAGUCUGGGGGACAGAACCUGGCGGUGCUGGAGGCGCUGGACUCGGCGCGCACCCAGAUGUACCACAUGAAGGCCAUCGUGAUCGCGGGGAUGGGCUUUUUCACGGACGCCUACGACCUCUUCUGCAUCUCCACGGUCUCCAAGCUGCUGGGCCGCAUCUACUACCCGCUACAGAACAUCGACCAAGGUAAGCCCGGCACGCUGCCCGUGAACGUGAACAACAUGGUCAUCGGCGUGGCGCUGGUGGGCACGCUCAUGGGCCAGCUCGUCUUCGGCUACUACGGGGACAAGCUGGGCCGGAAGCGCGUGUACGGCAUCACGCUGGUCCUCAUGGCCGCGUGCGCCAUCGGGUCGGGACUCUCCUUCGGCUACACCCAUAGAGCCGUCAUCGGCACGCUCUGCUUCUUCCGCUUCCUGCUCGGCUUCGGCAUCGGCGGGGACUACCCACUGUCGGCGACCAUCAUGUCCGAGUACGCCAACAAGAAGACCCGGGGCGCCUUCAUCGCGGCCGUCUUCGCCAUGCAGGGCGUCGGCAUCAUCUUCGCGGGUCUCGUGUCCAUGAUCGUUUCGGGCCUCUUCCUCCACUACAACCCUGCGCCCACGUGGAGCAAGGUCGACCCGACCCUGUCAAACCAGACGCCCGCGGCGGACUACGUGUGGCGCAUCGUGCUGAUGAUCGGCGCGUUCCCCGCGCUGGCGACCUUCUACUGGCGGAUGAAGAUGCCGGAGACGGCGAGGUACACCGCGAUCAUCGAGGGCAACGCGAAGCAGGCCUCCAACGACAUGCAGAAGGUGCUGGAGAUCCAGAUCGAUGACGAGCAGGACAAGCUCGCCAAGUUCAGGGCGGCCAACGAGUACCCCCUGCUGUCCAAGGAGUUCGCGCGGCGCCACGGCAUGCACCUCAUUGGAACGACCACAACGUGGUUCCUCCUCGACAUCGCUUUCUACAGCCAGAACCUGACCCAGAAGGACAUAUUCCCGGCCAUCAACCUCACCGACCCCCCGGAGACGAUGAACGCCCUGAAAGAGAUGUUCGUCAUAUCCCGGGCCAUGUUCCUCGUCGCCCUCCUCGGCACAUUCCCAGGCUACUGGGUCACCGUCGCGGUCAUCGACAAGAUGGGCAGGUACCUGAUCCAGCUCCUUGGUUUCUUCAUGAUGUCCGUGUUCAUGCUGGUGAUGGGCGUCAAAUACGAAUACCUCAAGGACCACAACCACUUGCUCUUCGCAGUCCUGUACGCGCUCACCUUCUUUUUCGCCAACUUCGGGCCCAACAGCACCACCUUCGUGCUUCCGGCCGAGCUGUUCCCGACCCGCGUGCGCUCCACGUGCCACGCCAUCAGCGCGGCGUCGGGCAAGGCCGGCGCGAUCGUCGCGGCAUUCGGGGUGCAGAGACUCACGCUCAAGGGCGACGUCAAGAACAUCACCAGGGCGCUCAUCAUACUCUCCGUCACCAACAUGCUUGGCUUCUUCUUCACGUUCCUCGUCCCGGAGACCAUGGGCAGGUCGCUCGAGGAGAUCUCCGGUGAGGACGGCAAUACUGGCAAUGGUGCCGGCGCCGGUGCUGUUAGUAUGAGCGCUGCGGAUGUGAGCAAGGAUGGAAAGUUUCCUGCUUCAAGCACCGAAUGGCAGCAACCGUCGAUGCAGGCAUGAGAUUUGGUACGUCCUAGCACGAGAAGACACACGCACGUAAUAAUAUUGUUGUUUUUCUUCUGUAUCAAUAGAGUUGGAAAGGGAGAAGGAAUAACGGCGACCAGCUACUUAAGUUGCCAGCCAGGUACUUAGCCUGUGUUUGAUCUACUACGCAUAUGUAGCACUACUGUUUUAAGGUUAUUGUGAUUUUACAGUAUAUAUGCAUGUUAAGGAGCGACAAAUAUAUGCUGCCAUUUCUCGAUCAUCAAUAUGUAAACCUGUGUACUUGUUUCAAACA